CUGAAAACAAACUUGAGAAUUAAGACUUUAUUUUGAUUUUAAAUAAUCGUUAUCGCUAAUUGCGAUAAGACAGUUGCUAUCGGCAUGAAGACCCGCGAUAGCGCCCGAAAUUAAGUUGCAUUCAUAAAGAUAGGACCAACCUUCGACCAACCAGUACUUUAUUAGUUUAUCUAAAAGUGUUGAUUUAUAACGUGUGGCGACAAUGGAGGCGUCGGGUUCUGGAAUGCAAUUAGAAAAGUUCGUCAAAGGACAAUUGAAACAGUCCAUACAAAAUGCAGACGUAUUGUCUAUGCUCCAAAGAAUGGUCGCUUCCGUACCAGAUAACGAAGAGGCUGAGGAAGUCAGGCAAACCUUACAGCAGAUUCUAGAUCAUUACGAAACUCUGGAUGAAGGUGAUAAGGAAUACUUUUUAAGUUACCUAAAACAAGAGAUCAUGGGAAAGUUGGCUGCGAAAUUGGAAGAAACGCCAAUCGAUAUGACAGAACUCGAAGAAGCUAUCAAAGGUGCAAUCAUGGGGCAAGUGUAUUUGGUUGCGGCGGUCGCUGUAGUUAUUUUCCUAAUCUUGGUAUUCUUCGGCUACAAACUGUACAGAUCGAUAAAAGACAAAAAGACCAAACAAGAGGAGAAAAAGAAGCUCAAACAACUCAAGAAGAAGAAAUAAAAUGACAAACGUCAGACGUGAGCGCGAUUAAAGGCUAUUUGUUACAGUAGUUUGCCCAUAUUAAAAACCAACUACAGUUGUAUGCAUGUCAAGCGGCCAAACAAAGUCUUUAAUCACCUCAACUAAAAGCAGGUCUCCUAAACAUUUGUAUAAUUUAAAUUAUAACGAAGUGCGUUGCAACGAUUGAUGUACGUAAUUACAAGGUCACUGUAUAUUUGUGACUUAAUAGAACCGCUGCCAGCGUUAGGUUGGGAGCGACGAAAUUGUUGCUAUAAUAAUAGAUGAUUGCAACACCAAGGGUUGGAUUAAAAACAUCUUAGUUUUUGUACACUAAAGACCUAACACCCGAAUCGAGCAAUCCAGAACUGCUGUCGACGUGCUAACUUCUAGGGGUUAUUAGAUGAGAGCUACUGUGACAAAUAGUCUUAUGUGGAAUGCCUGAAAUAAUAUAUUCUGCUUUUAAACGUAUCGGUUGCCCCCUUUUGUCCAGGAAUUUUUAUAGAUCUGACCCGGACCCCUAAUUGACUGGGAAUCAUUGACCACUGGGCCCAUUUUGUGUUCCGGCGAUAGACUCUGAUAUUUUCUUAAAAGCCAAGGUCUCCUUUUGGCCAGAAGCCUUUUUUAUGCUAGAAUAUAUCCUUAAAUUACUAAAAAUUAGAUUGUGAAACAAACCUUUAUGGUUUGUUUCACAAUCUAGUUUCUAGUUAUUAUACUAAUAAGAAUAAAAAAAUUAUUUCAUUAGUAGUCCUUAUGCAUUUAAAAUGCAUAAUUUUUUUCUAAUCGGUCUUUAUAGGGAAAAUCUUUUUCAGAAAAGUUAACAAAAUCAUGUUAAAAAAAAUGCAUACCUACAUAAAUAAAUAAAAAGAUAUCUUUUUAUGUACGUACUUAAGUAUAGAUAUUUUUAACAUAUUUAAGACUAAAAAGCCUAUGAAAUGAUUAGGUACUUACCUCGUACAGACAGUUCAAAGGCGGUUUCACGGUUCAGUUCUCGGGAUUCAGUACUGGGUCAUUAUGGUAUAUAUUUACUAUAUACCAUACCAUGGUAUAUAUAGAAGACUAUUAGUUGUUAGUUGUGGCUUUGGAAUCAAUGGGUCCGCUUUUAUGACGCCCGAUUUAUAACGGUCUAUCUCUCUAGAGAGAUUUAUGAAAAUUACAAAUCAUAUAGUUACUAAAGUAUAAAAUAAUAUUAUUUCAGGUAUCUGUGCCAAUUCAGUUGUACAUAAAUCUCUGAACCAAAUUGACAGCCCUAAAAUAUCACUGCCUUAUUGCACAUUUUGAUUUCAAAUAAGAGAAAAAGUGAAAAAAAUAUUUUUAGAUCUGCCAAAUAACAAUUUACUCUAAAGAUUUCGUAUAGCUAGCUGAAUAACUGCAUUGGUGUUGUUUUUUUUUUUUUCACGCAUUCUCAAAACUAAAUCGACAGGUCCUUUCUAAGCCUGUCAAUUUAGUGAUUUAAUUUUUAGGUCAGUCAAUUCAGUUGAGAAAUUUGUGUACACCAGAAUUGACACCAUUGAUAUACAAUCGACUGAUUUAAAUUUUAAAUUAAGGAAUAAUUUAUUCGGUCUAUGAAUGGAUGUUCAAUAAAUAUUGAUGUUGUUCUAUUUAAAAUAUUUAUCUGUUAUCAAAUAACUUGUCUUCUUAAUGAAAAAUAGAUUGGCGUUUACUUAAUUAAUUAAAAAUGCGUACCUACGCCAUAUUUUAUUGAAUCAUGCCAUUAAUUAAAUGUUUAUUAUAAUUUAUUAAAUUGACAUUUUUUAUAUCACGCUGAAGACAAUAUGUUUUUACUUUUAAAAUGCGUUUAUUUUUCCAUAUUAAUAAGCUAUGUUUUAAAUAUUGUUUUAAUUGUUAAAUUCAUUGGUUAGUAAUUUAGUUAUCUCGCUUCGAGUCCAAGUGGAUGCUUGUUAGUAGGCGAGCCUCUCUUAAAAUGCAUCUGUGUUCAUCCAAAGAGUACGGAUCACUCAAAUAUGAUAGACUUAAAUAUUCUACGGUGUUAUUGUCAUCUGCAUGGGAUUUGCGGAUAGAGUCGAUGUUUAGUAGUGAGUAGGUACAUUUUUACUAAAAGGUAUUUUGUUUCUCAAUUACAUUUUAUAUAUUAUCGCAAGCUUGAAGACUAUAUGCUAUUAGUCCUAAAUUACUUACCAAUGCUAAGUUGGUUGGACCUAAAAUACAUUGUACACUGUAUUGACAGGACAGGCUGUUAUCUAUGGUACUGAAGAAUAGAGUUUCCCAAGAAGAGUGCGUGGUGUCGUUUUUACACUAUAAUCAUUUCAAAUGUCCCAAUAGAAGAAAAGGCCAUGAUUCUUUGGCCAGGAACAUGUGAAUAUAUAAAAUUCAAUUUUUCAUUCACGGUGUUUGCGAUCGUGUCCACAUGUUAUCUACAUUUUUCCAUAGGGAAUGAUUUGAAAAGCAUAGCACGAUUUGUGUUACUGAUAUAGGUCCUAUUAUAUAGUACAAUAAACUCUUAAAUUUCAGAUCACAUGGUAGUACUCUCUUGUUCGCUAUGUUCUUGUGACAAGGGGAUAAACGUAUUGAACCGAAUAAUUUGCACCAAUAUGCUAGGUGUUUUUUGAUUACCUAAUAUUAAUUUAGCUUGCAGAUAAUACUUUUAUAUAACAUGGAGGUAUGCAUUUUAUUAAAGGCUCAAAAGGAUUUGAACGCAGUUUUAAUUUAGAAGUAAAUGAUAUAAUGAUGUAUGCCAAAUAUAAUUUAUUCUUCGUAUAUUUUAGGAUAUGUCUAUUCUACUACCUAACUAUUAUGACUACAUUCCGUGUAUGAUUGUUAUUUUCUUUAAUAAAUGUUUAUUGGUAA